CCUCGCUCGCCGCCGCCGCCGCCCGACUACCCCACAUCGGCCUCGCGCCGCGUGGCUGCGCGCGGGCGCGGUCGGGGCUGCCUAGGGCAGUAGGGCGUCCGUACCGCCUGGCGGCUGCGGUGCUUUGCGCCGGGGCGGUGACGACGAAGGGGAGCGGAGCUCCUCGGUCCGGUUCACCCAAUCGUUCCUAACCGGGUGAUCCCUUUCCAGCCACCCGUCUCGAUUUGUAAGCUUUACCUAUGAUGAGAAAGAGAAGAACUGAACCCCCUGAUGCUGGGGAAAGUUCUGGAACUCAACAAACCACUGGAGCCCCUGGAAGGGGUCCAGCACAGCGACCGGAGAGAGCUCAACAGCAUGGAGGUGGUGGUUGGCAACCUGCUAAUCCUCAAUUUUCUCAACACACCGGUCGUGGUAGUGGUCAACACCUGGGACGUGGUGGACGUUACCAGGGUCGUGGAGGUCCAACACGACAACAACCAGGUGGUAAUCCAGUUGAAUAUCAAGCACAUGAGUACUAUGGCCAUGGUGGCCAACGGCAUGGAGGAAUGCCACAAAACAGGAGUGGCAGUGGUGGACGUGGAGUUCCUGCCAGUCCAUCAAGAACAGUUCCCGAGCUGCACCAAGCCUCACAAGUCCAGUUCCAAGCUGCGGUGGUUACACCGUCACCAGCAAGAACUGGCCCAUCUUCGCUGCCUGAUGAGGUCAGCACCGAAGAUGUCCAACUACAGUUUCAAGAACUUGCUAUCCAGGGUCAAAGCUCCACUAGCCAAGCCAUUCAACCAGCACCACCAUCGAGCAAAUCCGUUAGAUUCCCAUUGCGCCCUGGCAAGGGUACAUUUGGUGAUAGGUGCAUCGUUAAAGCAAACCAUUUCUUUGCUGAACUUCCUGACAAAGACCUUCACCAGUAUGAUGUGUCUAUAACUCCCGAGGUUCCUUCACGUGGUGUCAAUCGUGCUGUCAUUGGAGAAAUUGUAACACAGUAUAGGCAGUCUCACUUGGGUGGGCGUCUUCCUGUUUAUGAUGGAAGGAAGAGCUUAUACACAGCUGGUCCAUUACCAUUUACUUCUAGGACCUUUGACGUUAUUCUGCAGGAUGAGGAAGAGAGCCCUGGUGUUGGGCAAGGCACACAGAGGCGUGAAAGACAAUUUAGGGUUGUGAUCAAAUUUGCUGCGCGUGCUGAUCUCCACCACUUAACCAUGUUUUUAUCUGGGAGGCAAGCAGAUGCUCCUCAAGAAGCUCUUCAAGUUCUUGACAUUGUUCUACGUGAAUUGCCCACUGCAAGGUAUUCCCCAGUUGCAAGGUCAUUCUAUUCGCCUAACUUAGGGAGGCGCCAACAGCUCGGUGAGGGCUUGGAAAGUUGGCGUGGUUUUUACCAAAGUGUACGACCCACACAGAUGGGACUUUCACUGAAUAUUGGUGAUAAUUGUAUAGAUGUGUGUUCAUUCUUCAUUCUAUUCCUAAUAUGUGGAUCAUAUACCGAUAUGUCAUCUACAGCAUUCAUCGAGCCCCUACCUGUGAUUGAUUUUGUUGCACAGCUUUUGAACAGAGACAUCUCAGCUAGACCUAUAUCUGAUGCUGAUCGUGUGAAGAUCAAGAAGGCCCUAAGAGGUGUAAAGGUUGAGGUGACACAUAGAGGCAAUAUGCGCAGGAAGUAUCGCAUUUCUAGCCUUACCUCGCAAGCAACGCGAGAGUUGUCCUUCCCCAUUGAUAGUCAUGGUACUGUGAAGACAGUGGUGCAAUACUUCCUGGAGACAUAUGGCUUCAACAUUAAGCACACCACUUUACCUUGCUUGCAAGUGGGCAAUCAGCAAAGGCCAAAUUAUCUACCAAUGGAGGUCUGUAAGAUAGUUGAGGGACAGCGUUACUCAAAAAGACUAAAUGAGAAGCAGAUAACUGCUCUUCUUAAAGUGACCUGCCAGCGCCCUCAAGAGCGUGAGCUGGACAUUUUGCAGACCGUGCAUCACAAUGCAUACCAUCAGGAUCCAUAUGCACAGGAGUUUGGUAUUAGGAUUGAUGAGCGCCUUGCUUCUGUUGAAGCUCGUGUUCUACCUCCCCCCUGGCUUAAGUACCACGACAGUGGCAGAGAGAAGGAUGUCUUGCCAAGAAUUGGCCAAUGGAAUAUGAUGAAUAAGAAAAUGGUCAAUGGUGGCAGAGUUAACAACUGGAUGUGCAUCAAUUUUUCUCGGCAUGCCCAAGAUAAUGCUGCCAGGAGUUUCUGUCGUGAGCUUGCUAUUAUGUGCCAAAUAUCUGGGAUGGACUUUUCAGUUGAUCCUGUGCUUCCUCCAGUAACUGCGAGACCUGAGCAUGUAGAAAGAGCACUGAAAGCACGUUAUCAAGACGCCAUGAAUAUACUGAGAGCACAGGGCGGGGAGCUUGACCUGCUGAUUGCAAUAUUGCCUGACAAUAAUGGUUCUCUUUAUGGUGAUCUCAAACGAAUAUGUGAGACUGAUCUUGGAUUGGUCUCGCAAUGCUGUCUUACGAAACAUGUUUUUAAGAUGAGCAAACAAUAUUUAGCAAAUGUUGCCCUUAAAAUCAAUGUUAAGGUAGGAGGAAGAAAUACUGUACUUGUUGAUGCUUUGACAAGGAGAAUCCCCCUAGUUAGUGAUCGGCCAACUAUCAUAUUUGGUGCUGAUGUUACGCAUCCUCAUCCUGGAGAAGAUUCUAGCCCUUCCAUUGCAGCUGUUGUUGCUUCUCAAGACUGGCCUGAGGUCACUAAAUAUGCUGGAUUAGUGAGUGCACAGGUCCAUCGUCAGGAGUUGAUACAGGACCUUUUCAAAGUAUGGAAAGAUCCGCAAAGAGGGACUGUAAGUGGUGGAAUGAUCAGAGAGCUUCUCAUUUCUUUCAAGAGGGCAACUGGACAGAAGCCACAAAGGAUUAUAUUUUACAGGGAUGGUGUCAGUGAAGGACAGUUCUAUCAGGUUCUGUUUUAUGAGCUUGAUGCCAUUAGAAAGGCGUGUGCAACUUUGGAAGCUGAUUAUCAGCCGCCUGUUACCUUUGUGGUGGUCCAGAAGCGUCAUCAUACACGGCUGUUUGCUAAUAACCAUAAGGACCAGCGCACUGUUGACAGAAGUGGAAAUAUACUACCAGGCACCGUGGUUGAUUCGAAGAUAUGCCAUCCUACUGAAUUUGAUUUCUACCUGUGUAGCCAUGCCGGCAUUCAGGGAACAAGUCGCCCUGCACAUUAUCAUGUUCUUUGGGAUGAGAACAAAUUUACUGCUGAUGGUUUGCAAACUCUGACAAACAACUUGUGCUACACCUAUGCAAGGUGCACCCGCUCUGUAUCAAUUGUUCCUCCUGCAUACUAUGCCCAUCUCGCGGCAUUUCGAGCUCGAUUUUACAUGGAGCCGGAUACUUCAGAUAGUGGGUCGAUGGCGAGUGGUGCCCAUACCCGUGGUGGUGGCCCCCCUCCUGGUGCACGCGGCGCUAAGGCUGCUGGGAAUGUUGCUGUAAGGCCGCUUCCUGAUCUGAAGGAAAAUGUCAAACGUGUCAUGUUCUACUGCUAAGUUGGGGAAUAUUUUCAUAUGGGGGAUUACGUCUGACUGUUUGAUCACCCCGUGUUAUCUCGAUGGAACGACCUAGUUUGCGUGUGCGUCAAUAACCUUGCUCUGUCUGUUUAUCUACUCCAUUCACAAGACUAGAACUGUUGAAAAUUCUUUCCUCUUUCAGUGUAGCUACUCAAAUCAUGUCAUCGAUGAAAUGUAGUAUUUGACAAUUUGCACUGGUGCCAUGUUGCCAGGACAAAGUGAGCUCAGCUAUGGCCUUUCCUUUCCAUAUGCAGGAUAGCUUAGCAACUGCGGUUCCUUUUCAUUUGCAGGAUAUGUGCCUUGAUUCAAAAAUGUUGGCCUAUUUGUCUCAGGCAAAAUUAUUGCUUAGCUGGCUUCUGGUAUAUAGAAUCUUG